AGGCUUUGACAGGCAAUCCACCCGCAGCCACUUGAACGAUGGAGACUUACGACAAUCUACCUCAAGCCUUGACAAGACUUCCUUUCCCGACAGACCAAAUUUUUACCCUUCAGGCACUCGCUCAAGCAGCACUUCUAGUGUGAAUAGUUCGAACUUCGACGUUCGGCCAGCUGCUCGAAGCAGUCCUCCGGAGAGCGCGCCUUAUGGAGACCAGCGAGUCAGUAACAGUCCAUCGGCGGGCUCUCAAAACUUCGAUGAAGUUUCGUUGCUUCAUCCGUCUAUUUCCGUUCCCAAAGAUCCUGCAACAUUGGAGUUGGAGAAAACUGAGCGCGAGGAACAGGAACGUCGCAAAGCACUGCAAGUCUACGUGUUCGUUAUGCGUUGCAUCGCCUAUCCAUUUUACUCCAAACCUCCGACUGAUUUGGUGCGACGGUAUCUAAAAAUCACGAAGCAGCAACUGAAUGCUUUCAAGGAGCGAUUCCAGACUUACUUGAAUGGGGAGUUGGAUGUGAUUGGAGAUGAGGCGUUUACCAAUGCAAUUCAAAGUUACUACGAGGUUUUUUUACGAAGUGACCGUGUCGCCACUAUGGUCCGCGGCGGCGGCUGUUCCAUGCAUGACUUUCGAGAAGUCUUUCGUUUGAAUAGCGAACACCGAGUCCGAUGCUUGCCGCAGAUCGAAGGACUAAACAAGUCCAACGUAGUCAGUGCGUGGAUGGUCAAGUUUGAUCAGAUUUGCCGCGGGGGUGCCGGACCUUCUACGGAGCUGCAGAAAUUGCAAGUGCCGCAGCCCGAGUUGGUGAUGACCAAGGAGCAACUGUAUGAUUUGUUCCAAGCCACUCUUGGAGUGAAAAAGUAUGAACACCAAAUUCUAUACAACGCCUUACAGCUGGAUAAUGCUGAUGAACAAGCUGCUCAGGUCAGACGAGAGCUUGAUGGACAGCUGCAAACGGUUGAAGUUUUGGCCAAAAACCGACAGUUUCCACGGUUAGUCGUGAAAGACAUGGAACCCCUGUACAUUGAAGAACUGAAAAAGAUGGUCGGUGAAUUAAUGCUCCGCUUGGAGGCUGUUCCCAUUACGAAAGCUUCCACAAGCUUCCAAAAGUUCAAAAAGCACAAUCGAAGUGCUUCGGGAACUUCCGGUGGCUCCACAAAUGCGUUGUACCGGCAGUUGAGCGAGGAGGCCAGCGAAAUCACCGUGAAAAACAAGCCAGAUAUUCACCUGACCUUUUCCUUAGAGGUUGUCGUCGGACAAGUGAAAAAUCUUAAGCACCUACCGUCGAAUAAAAUGGUGUAUUGCACCAUGGAGAUUGAAGGCGGUGAAAAGCUGCAAACAGACUUGGCUGAAGCAGGCAAACCUUCCUGGGGCACUCAGGGAGACUUCGCAACUUCACAACCGCUACCGGUAGUCAAGGUCAAACUUUACAUGGAAUCAUCCGGUAUCCUGUCACUUGAAAGUGGAAAAGAACUAGGCAAAGUAACUCUUAAUCCGACGUGUGCUGGUAGCCGACAACCGGAAUGGUACAAACUGCAAACCGUGAAGGGUGUACCAGGCGAUUUGGACAUCCUUCUAACUGUACGCAUGGACAAGCCUACAAAUUUAAAGUAUUGUGGUUAUCUGUAUGCUCUAGGACGCACCGCGUUCAGAAAAUGGAAGAGACGGUAUAUAUGCUUAGUCCAGGUCUCUCAGUAUACGUUUAUCAUGGCUUCCUACAAACAGCGUAAAUCGGAUCCCUCUGAGAUAAUGCAUUUGGAGGGUUUCACUGUGGAUUUUUGCGACGCUUUCCCUGAAUUGACCGGUUUGGGUGGGAAGUUUUUCUUCAAUCUUGUUAAAGAAGGGGAUAGUGCCACGUUUGCGUCAGACGACGCCAACGAACGUCAACUGUGGGUCCAGGCUAUCUACCGCUCCACUGGUCAGACUCAUAAACCGGUUCUUCCCGCGAAAGAUAAUACCUCGGCCGGGACAGGCUGCAACCCGGGUGUGAGCCCCAGCUCAGGCAGUUCACGCGCACAGUUGAACCUUGCUGCACGAACUCAAGGAGAUGUUGAUCGAGCACGUAAGCAUGGUCUGGAUGAGUUCGUUGUGGUAGAACCAUGGCGCGUCAAUCACGCCGAGUUGUUCCACUUGCUCCAAUCUCGUUCUCUGGAACAUCGGAUGAAAGACCCCUACGUCUCUCUUGGCUGGUUCAGCCCCAGCCAGAUGUUUAUUUUGGAUGAAUAUUGUGCCCGCUAUGGUGUCCGCGGUUGUCAUCGCCACUUGUGUUACCUCUCCAGCCUUUUGGACCGUGCCGAACACGGUAUUAUGAUUGACCCUGCAUUGGUGCAUUACUCGUACGCAUUCUGCUGUUGUCACGUGUUCGGCAAUGCGCAGGACUCUAGCAUUCGAACCGUUUUGUACGAAGAGCGGGAAAUGUUUUUAGAAAUUCGUCAGCGUUUGUACACGCUGUUAACAAAACAGAUUACCGAAUUUCGCUACUAUUUUCCUUUUGGCCGUCCUGAAGGAGCUCUCAAGUUGACCUUCGGUCUGCUGGAACGCGUUUUAAUGAAGGACACAGGUGCGCCUGCAUCAGCUGAAGAAGUCCGGGAGGUGAUAAGAGGAUGUUUGGAGCAAGCCGCUCUUGUCAACUACACUCGUAUUUCGGAGUACGCGGCAAUCGAAAGUGGACGUGACACAGGUGCCCCACCUGCUCAACAGCAUCGCACCAAAUCUCUUCCCGGAUUGAUACAUCUGGCGGAACUGUGCAUAGAAGUGCUUCGGCAAAACGAAGAGCACCACUCGGAGGCAUUUUCUUGGUUCCACGACUUACUCAUAGAACACGCGGAGCUGUUCUGGAACUUGUUCUCUACUGAUAUGACCAGUGUCCUAGAGACUAUGCCUCCGGAUUGUUGGGACAGCUUUCCUCUUUUCCAGUUGUUAAAUGACUAUUUACUUUCCGAAGAAUCCUUGAAGUCCGGCAAGUUUCAUCAACAGUUGACACAAACUUUUGCACCCUUAGUUGUGCGAUACGUGGAUUUGAUGGAGGCAUCGAUCACUCAAUCUAUCGGCGUUCCAGAAAGCCCAUCUCCCGGUGACGUUCACGAAACCGGUAUGCCUGCUGCUAUCGCUGCUCUCAGCAACGCAGACGCGUUCGCCAGUGUCGGGUCUCUCGUUUCUGCCGCCACAGCUGCCACUCGUUCCGGUGGCUUGAUUGCCGCAGCCAGUGCUGUGACCGGUCCGAACGCUUCCUUCAAUCCCAUGCCCGUUACUUCCGCGGAGCUCCUAUGGAAGUUAGAGGCGUUGCAAACAUUUAUUCGAGAAUUACACUGGCCCGAUCCAGUAUUCGCAGAGCAUUUGGACAACAGACUAAAACUGAUGGCUUCUGAUAUGAUCGACGCCGCAGCUCGGCGAAAUCUAUCGUGUUUCGAGACAUGGCUGAAGAGGUCCUCCAAAGGUCCUGAUUUUAUCUUGCCAAAUGAGUGCUGUAAUAUGAUUAAUACAGUAGCCGACUUGAAAGCCAACAUCCUCAAGUUAUGCACAAAGGAUACAAAAGGGGAGGAUAUGCACCAGUACCACAAUCAGACGGAAACCAAUCUCGAGCGCAUUCAGCGUAAAAUGGCCAUCGUACUAAAUGAGAAAAUGGCCACUAUUCUGGAAGGGAAUUUAGCCAAGUUGGCACGGUACGACGUCAACACAUUGCUUUCUUCUGUACUUUCGUUAACAAAACCUACUGAUGAAGGGGGGAAAGUGUAUGUCGAAUUUUUGCGGGUGAAUUUAGAACAGAUGCGACAGAAAAUUACGGAUGAACUUUACGUCCUCUCCUUUAUGGAGACAUGGUACAUGACCCAAACGCGAAUGAUCAAUGACUGGCUCACAGAACGUAAAGGAAAUGCUCUGAGUCCAUAUCAAUUUACCUGUCUAUCUACGAUUAUCAAGAAAAUGUACGCGGAUUUUGAACUGCAAGGGAUCAGUCCGGAUGCUCUUGAUACAAUGGCGUACAAAACGGUCACACAACGGUUACAGAUGGAAGAAACCGCACAGGCCAUGCGACCCGAUUCCCAUUCCAGUCCUUCACGCUCCAUCUUAGACAGCAUCACGGGUGGCCUUACCGGCCUGAGCGGCGGUUUCACCAAGACUGGAUUCCUGGGCAAGAGUUGA